ACUUUGUGUUCACUUCCGCCUUUGAUCGCUAUCAACUUGUCACCGGGCUUCAACUGUAAAUAUGUCUCACCAGACAGGAAUAUCAGCUUCUAAAGAACUGCAAGAUUUUUUCGCAACAGCAAAGGAUGGAGAAAUCCGGUGUAUUCAAAUUAAAAUAGAAAAUGAAAAAUUAGAACUGGGAGGAAGUAAAGAUGCUUUGAAGUCCUGGGAAGAUGAUUAUGACGCUAUGGUGGUACCCUUCUUAGAAGAUAAACAACCCUGCUAUGUGCUGUACCGUCUCGACACCAAAAAUGCCCAAGGCUACGAAUGGGUCUUCAUCAGUUGGUCUCCAGACUUUUCUGCGGUUCGAGACAAGAUGUUGUAUGCUGCUACACGUGCUACACUGAAGCAGAACUUUGGGGGCGGACAAAUCAAGGAGGAGAUAUUUGCAACUGCGGAGUCCGAUUGUACUCUGUCUGGUUACAAGAAGCACCUUCUGUCUCAAAAUGCUCCUGCCCCACUUACCAUGGCUGAGGAGGAACUGGAGGAAAUCAAGAGGACAGAGAUAAAAACAGCAGGAGUGGAUACCAAACAUCAGACAUUGCAGGGUGUAGCAUUCCCUAUUACAGAGGAAGCUUUACUCAAAAUAGAGGGAUUUAUAGCGGGUCAAUACACAUACGUCCAGCUGAGCCUGGACAUGACUGAUGAGAAGAUUGUCCUGGAGAAGGCAGAAGAUAUUCCCACCAGUGCCUUGGCGGGACAGGUGCCUAACGAUCAUGCUCGUUACCAUCUCUUUAACUUCAAACACACACAUGAGGGCGAUUACACAGAGAGUUACGUGUUUAUAUACUCCAUGCCUGGCUACAAGUGUUCUAUAAAGGAACGUAUGCUGUAUUCUAGUUGUAAAUCUCCACUUAUUGGUCUACUUGAGGGACAAGGAGGCAUUGAAUUUGCCAAAAAGUUGGAAGUUGAUGACCCAAAAGAACUUGCUGAGAAUAACCUUUAUGAAGAAGUACAUCCAAUGAAGAAUAUUGUAAAGAAAGCAUUUGAUCGCCCUAAAGGACCUGCCAGUCGAGGACCCAAGAGGAUGACGAGGAACAAAGAUGGACAAGAAGCUAGCUAAUUAGAAAUUCUAGAUUUUAUAUCAUUUACUGUUACUAUGGAUGUUAAUGGUGAAUUAUCACAGAGACAAUUAUACUUCAUAUUGUAAUAUUUAUCCUCAAUACAUUGACUUUGAGCUGUGACCAGUCCCUCCUGUUACAUUUGAUAUGCAAAUCAAACUUUUUGCUCAUAACUGAUUUUUCUUUUCUUAGCUGCCCUUUUGGGUACCUUGUCUUGUGUUGAACAUAGAACUGGUCUGUUUAAUGUAUAUACUAAAUUGUAGAUUUAUUAGAGCAAAGUUGGAGUUUGUAACUUCGAAACACAUUAAUUGUUUACCUGAUGUUUGGAGCUUUUAUAAUGAUUAAAGGAGAGGGGACAUUUAAUGGCCUGCUUGUAUAUGAUCAAAUUUUUAGUAAAUUUGUAAAAAUGUUUGACUUAUUAAGUUCAAUGAAUUUCAAAAGUCAGGUAAAUGUAAUUUAAAGGUGAAUUGUUAGUGAUAAAACUUAAGCACCUAGAUGUAAACAUUUCAGAGGCAUUUUAACUUAAUUGUAAACUAUAUAUUUCAGUAAUUAAUUGCCUAUAUACUCCCUAACAUAUAGAGGAGAUAUAAAGAUAUAUAUUUUCGGGGACAAUACAAGUUUUAAAUUGGCUGAGUGUUAUGAUAGAAAUAUAAACCUGCACUUUGACCUCUGAAGAAAUCACUUUGUAUGCCACCAGGAACUUGUCCUUCAUCUAUGCCACAUCACUGUCUACACAGUCCAAAUCUAUAGGAUAAUGGCAAUAUGAAGUUUCGGUUUUGGUAGAUUGAAUUUUUCUUUUUUGUUGAAAAAGUUUUAUUUACGUCAAUAUUUAUGUGUGUGUUUAUCUUUAAACACGACACUGAUACUGAAAGGGCUACCCCAGUGUUGUCUUUGACUUUGUAUUUACUCUCCUGUUUCCAUACACCUGAUGAUUUGUGUUUAAAAGCUGUAUCUAGAUGAAUUAACACCCAUCUGUUGGAUUGUUUAAAUGUUUCUAUCUUUUUUUGGAAGAUCAGGUGACAUAUACCACUUCCACUUCCGUGUCAAAGUUUUAAAAUAAUGUCUGACGUUAAUAAUUAAUAAAUAGAUAUUAAUUCAUGGCAACUGACAAAACAGUGAUAUUCAGAGGCAUGACAAUGGUGAAAGGAUGGGGUGGAUUUUUUUUUUUUUUUUUCAUUUUUUUAUUUCGUUUGGGGGAAGUGGUAUUUGUAUACUGUAAUCCCUAGAAGAACCUGUUUAUACACCUGGUAUAUAAGAUUUGAAAUUUCUGCUUUAUACAUCCAUAUCAAUUAAGUUGAAAUUUAUACACAAUGAAAUGGUUAUCUGUGUCCAAGCACUAAUGGUAUCAAUUUGUUAUUUUUAAGGAUUUUGUUCUAAUUAAUGAAGUAAUGAGAUUAGUCAGUAUUUUAUUAUGAAGCUCUUUGUAGCAAGCUGUGUUUUAAAAAAAAUUACUGAGUUUAUAUAUAAUAAAGGAAUUUUAAAUGUAAAGAUGGAUUACUAGUAUUGUAAAUUGUCACUGUAAAAAAAUCUUUGUUACAAUUGUUUGUAUAUAAUUGAAAUUUGCUUGUAGCAUUUAUAAUUACCUUGGUAUGUAACAUUAAUGUUGCUUUUUGAUUGUAUUUGAAGUGUUUAAACUGUGUAUACAUCCGACCUUUCACACUGAGCCAUAGACUCAAAAGUCACACCAAACAAUCUAGCUUAGUUUUACCGGGAGAUGCCUGAAUUUCCGUCAGAAACAUAUAUUUUUAGGCACCUGACAAUUAUAUUUUUUCAAAAUUUGUAAUAAUUUAGAUUUCAGUAUUUUAACUUGCAUUGGCAGCAACCACAGGUGCCUGCGUCACACUUCACAAGUGGUGUGUAUUAGCCCACAGCUUAAAUAUCUACAUGGAGCAAUUAACUACAAUUACUUUUUCUAUUUCAAUUAUUUUACCUCACUCUGUAAGGAGGAGUUAUUUGUCAAAAAGUUUAUUUAGCCUGUUUACUCUUCUCAGAAUGACUCAAAACUUGCCUGUACAAAAAAAAUGUAUAGAGUGACUAAACAACACCUUUUUCUGAGGAGUUACACAUUGAGUCAAGGCAUCACAUUCAAUUUCACUCUUUUUUGAGUGACCAACUAUGAGCCAAUCAUCGUACUUAAAUUAUAUUACUCAAUAACUCCCUGUUUCUCAUGUGGCUCAGUUUGAGUCACUAUAACAUCACAUUGUGAACAGGAGGAGACGCUAACAAACUUGAGUUAUAUUCAAAACCUUUUUAUAUUUGUGUGUAGGAAGUUUUGUAUAUUAAUCAUUUUCCUGUAUAUCAUUAUCGUCACACAUUGUACAUUGUGUUAAGUGGCAUCCUUAAAUUGUACAUUUGUCUCAGCAGUAAUUCUACUGUUUGAUUUUUUCAUGUUAAUUUGUUUGUGAAGUUGACUUUUAUUGAAGAGGGAAUGUUGUUGUUUUCCGUGUUGAUAGAACAUUGCAAAUACACUCAUAUAUUUUUAAUAAGUCCAGCCUAAUAAGCAGACUUUUAAAUUCUGGUAGCAGCAACAUUGAUGUUAUGACUUCUUGACUGUAAGCGGUAAAUUGACUGGGAUCUAUACUAAAUUUGUAUGGCUGCAAUAAUCCCAGAAUGCUUUGCACAAUCCUGCACUGCCUUCUGGGAAAUAUUGGUAUGUCUGUAAACAAUUUUGAACUAUUUGAGAAAAUAUUGAGUGAAAAAUUAAGACCCAGAAAAACAUGAAAAUCUUAUCAAGCCCACUAAAUUCACUUUGAAUUUGGUAAGUAUUGUAUGUUUUUGCAGGCUGGACUAAAGUGUGCUUCAUCAGCUUUAAUGUCUGCCUGUUAAUGAGCUUACUUAUGCAGAGGUAAAUAUUUUUUUAGAGUUAUUUAUGAUGUUAUGUUUCUGUGUCUGGUUAACACAUCCUCGUUUAAGUUUUACGUAUUAAUAUCAGAUAGAAAGUUGUCAAACUAACACUGAGGUGAUUUAUAGAGUCGUGAAACAUUUAUAGUGGUGUUUUAGUCAGGUGCACAGAUAUACCAACUGUAUAAAGAAUCAUCUUGUGAAUAAUGUGAAAAAAGAAAUUCUUGUUGAAAUGUUAUUUUGUUUUAAUGUUUGUAUAAAUUAGUAUUGCAAGAUUUUGGAACUGUGAUUGUCUAUAAGUUUAAAUCCAGUUAAAAAAAAAUUUUUUUUUUCGUUUUAAAAUUUUGAUUUAGAUUAAUAGCAACUGUCAGUGUUUUAUAUAAAGAUAUCAACGAUUUAUAUUCAUAAUGUAUGAAAAAGUUGUUUAAUCAUGUAACCUGCCUAUAGAAUGAGAGUGUGUGAAAGAUAGAGGUAAUGUCUGUAUCACAACAGUUUGUUACCAACUGGGUAGAGUUCAAGAGUAAACGUGACCAGCCUCCAGAUUACUACCAACUCAGAGGAGUAAAUGAUCACUUAUGAACAUGGCCAGUUUGCAGAUUACUAAAAACUAACUGGAGUUGGUAACAGGUUUAAUGGUGAACUCAAAAAAUUAAAACUGAUGUCAGAACCUAUUAAUCCUGCCUCAUACAUAUGACUUUUUUAAUUCUCAGUCUGUUUCUACAUGUCCAACAUAGAAUAUCAGACAUUGAUCAAUACUUGCAUAUUAAGCUUAGGCGGUGAAUCGCUUUACCACAACACCGUCAUUUAGAAUUUAAUGUCAUAUUUGGAAAUGUAUACAUCUGUAAUAAGUUAUGAAAGGUUUAUAUCAUACAGUACAGCUAUCUAGUGUUCUUGAAUAUUGCUUUGGUUAGUAUAGUCGGAUAGCAAAUUUAGCAGUGAGGUAGUGUAAAGUUACCCUCUUCAGAACCAGUGGUGUAUCCUGUACUAAGGCAUAGAAGUAACAAAUUCCAGUCAGGAAGAUGACAGAGAAAACAUUAUAUGAGAGAAAGAAUUGAAGUCCCCAUCUAAAUCCACCUAUUAAAACAAAUUCAAGACAUGAAGGGUUUACAACUCACUUUUAAAGAUAUAUCAAAUUGAUAUAAGCUUAUACAAUACUACAGCAUUGCUGAUUUUAUAAAAUACAAAACUGUUGGUCCUUGGCAAAAGGAGACAAUAACAGCCAUUCAGAGAAAACAUGUUUUGCAUGAAUGUGGGGGAGGGCGUUUGUGUGUGGGGAUGCUCGAUUGUGAACUGGAAUGUGUGCCAACUGAAAGUUUGUGAUAACUACCAGUUAAUAGUAAAAUAAAUAAAUAAAACAUCUCAGGAUUUAUAA